CUUGGUUUCUUUAUUCCUCCCCCCCCCCCAUUCUCCAACCAGUUCUUAGUGACCAAGACGGAGUUGCUUGUGAGACGUGAGUCUUCCCCCACCCUACAGAACGAUGGAAUGCAAAGGAUCUGGGGAUAUGGAGCCCAAUGGAGGCAUGAUUGUGCCAGAAGUAGAAGAAAAAGCAGAGGAGGAGAAGGAGGAGCUUCAAGACAGAGGCCAGUGGACCAACAAAGUGGAAUUUGUACUGUCUGUGGCUGGGGAGAUUAUUGGUUUGGGCAACGUUUGGAGAUUCCCUUAUCUCUGUUACAAGAAUGGAGGUGGUGCUUUCCUCAUCCCAUACCUCAUCUUCCUCUUUGCUUGUGGGAUUCCAGUAUUCCUCCUGGAGACAGCACUUGGGCAAUACACUAGCCAAGGUGGGAUCACUGCCUGGAGAAAGAUCUGUCCUAUUUUUGAAGGAAUUGGAUAUGCUUCACAAGUCAUUGAAUCCUACCUGAAUGUCUACUACAUCAUCAUUUUAGCUUGGGCCUUGUUUUACCUAUUCAACUCCUUCACUUCUGUUCUACCCUGGGCCAGCUGCAACAAUCCCUGGAAUACAGAGCACUGUGUGGACUUUCUGAACAGCUCCAGUUGGGAGGAUGGAACGAUGCCAGCUAAUGCUACCUCCUCAGUCAUCGAGUUCUGGGAGAAGCGAGCUUUGAGAAUAACCGAUGGAAUACAUAACCUGGGCACCAUCCGGUGGGAACUGGCCCUCUGCCUCUUGCUUGCCUGGAUCAUCUGUUACUUCUGCAUCUGGAAAGGAGUCAAGUCCACAGGCAAAGUGGUCUACUUCACUGCCACGUUUCCUUACGUGAUGCUUAUUAUUCUACUGAUUCGAGGAGUCACCCUGCCAGGUGCCACAGAAGGGAUCAUGUUCUAUUUGAUGCCAGACAUUUCUAGACUUGCAGAUCCUCAGGUAUGGAUGGAUGCAGGCACGCAGAUCUUCUUCUCUUAUGCUAUCUGCCAGGGAUGCCUAACAGCCUUGGGCAGCUAUAACAAAUACAACAACAAUUGCUACAGGGACUGCUUUAUGCUUUGCUUCCUAAACAGUGCCACUAGUUUUGUGGCUGGCUUUGCCAUUUUCUCCGUAUUGGGCUUCAUGGCGCAAGAACAGGGAAUCUCCAUCUCGGAAGUGGCUGAAUCAGGCCCUGGCCUAGCAUUCAUUGCCUACCCCAAAGCGGUAACCAUGAUGCCCAUAUCUCAGCUCUGGGCCUGCUUAUUCUUCCUUAUGCUGAUCUUCUUGGGGCUGGACAGUCAGUUUGUCUGUGUUGAGAGCUUGGUGACAGCCAUUGUGGACAUGUUCCCAGAAAUCUUUCGCAAAAAGGGCCGGAGAGAGCUGCUGAUCCUAGGCAUUGCUGUGAUCUGCUACCUUCUUGGCUUGCUGCUGGUUACUGAGGGUGGAAUGUACAUUUUCCAGCUGUUUGAUUAUUAUGCAGCCAGUGGCACGUGCCUUCUUUUCCUGGCGAUCUUUGAAGUCAUUUGCAUUGGAUGGGUUUAUGGAGCAGACCGUUUCUAUGACAAUAUUGAGGAUAUGAUUGGGUACCGGCCAUGGCCCCUGGUUAAACUGUGUUGGCGUUUUUUCACUCCUGGAGUUUGUCUGGCAACCUUCCUGUUUUCACUCAUUAGAUACACACCACUCAAAUAUAAUAACGUCUACGAAUACCCUACAUGGGGCAUCGCUGUGGGAUGGCUGAUGGCACUUUCUUCUAUGAUCUGCAUUCCCUUUUACGUUGUGUACAUCUUACUGAAAACCAAGGGAUCACUAAAACAGCGGUUAUGCCAGCUAACUACUCCAGCUGAGGACCUGCCCCAGCCAAAGAAGCACUUGAUUGACUCAUCGGCACAGUGGGAGCGCUCCAAGCCGGGAUGCCAGAGCCCAGCCAAGGAAGUGCUCAUUACUACAGAGAAGGAAACCAACUUCUAAGAGCUCCUAGGGAGUGACUUGUUUACAUUCUGGAGAGGCUGAUCCUUAUUUCUAGUGGCUUCUUUUUACAUCUGGUAUGAAGUCCUCUUCAGGUUUUCCCUACCUCGCUCAGAUUCACUUAAAAUGCAAGCAUAGCUGGCCUUGGAUGGCUUCUUCCCUUCUGCCUUGACCUAGCAUCUGAUUAUACAGGCUGGAGCAAGGCCAAGAGCAUUUUUCACCCCUGGAGAACAGCCACUACAGCUAUGAAAUUGCAUGGAGUUGGGCCAGAUCUCAGCAGCAGAGCACAUGCUUUGUCUGCAUUAAGGUCCAGGUUCAAUCUCUGGUUGUCUCCAGUUAAGAUGGGAAAGACACCUCUGCCUCUUUUGAAGAAUCACUGCCAGCAUAGUGGACAAUAUUGGGCUUCAAGAAUCAAUAGUGUGACUUAGAGGAAGGGAGCUGCAUUCAUAAAGUCAAAAAGUCAGGGAGGGAGCAUAGUGCAAGGGUAGAAGAAGUAUAUUGCAUUUAGAAGAUCUCUGGUCCAGUCCUGCUUUACAAAAGAGUCUCUGUACUGAGCUAAAGUGGCCAAUGGCACUCCUAAGGCAGUUUCAUAUGAACUCAGCAUUUCAGGGAGGGGCUGGAGCACAAGGUUUGCAUACAGAAAAUAACAGGUUCAGCUUCCUGUUUUAAGAAGAGGAUCUCAAGGGGAAGGGCUGGGGAAGACCUCGGCCCGAGACUCCAAAGCAGCUGUCUCCAAUGAGGUGACCAUGGGUGUCAUGGCACUUGCCCGUUUUCCUCAUGCCUGCUUCUUGGGGAUAAAACCUGAAGGGUCCUGAAUGGAAUGGGGGAGGGGGAGCUUUGAGUCAGUCCCUGCCAGCUGACUUACUGGCACAGAGCUGAACUCACUCCAGGCAGGAGCAUCGUCUUCACAUACACGCUCAGUUUGGCCAUAGACACACAGUGUCCCGUCUCUCAGUGCAUGACAACUACUUCCUGGGAGCAUGCAGGGGAAACCUUCCACUUCCUUUCAGAUAAAAAUGGACCCCAAACAGCAUCUCUUCCCCAAAGCAAAGAGCCAAUCCCUGCUUUCUUGGACCUUGUUGAAGUAGGUGGUGCUUCAGCAGAGCUCGGGAGGCAUCACCUCUGUGUCUACAGUGAACGUCUAUUCCAAAGCCGCUGGGAAGAAGCUUGACUUGGAACCUCCUGACAUUUUAUGAUUGGUCGGCUUGCAUGGCAACCAUUUUGUUAUUGCUAUGAGAGGAGAAAGGAACAAUCAUUUCCUGAUGGCGCCUGAACAUUUCAGGGAGAGCCACUGCAGACAGAAAGUCACCGGUUCAGCUGUGAGUUUUAAAAAGAACAUGUCAGCUAGCAGGGCUACCCAGAUUUUCAAAAGUGCUUCCAGUUUCAACAAGUUUCAUCUCCUCCCCCAGAGAACCACUGCCAGUCAGAAUAUACAAAUACUGGAAUUAGGCAACUUCUAUGACUAGAAAGGUCUUGAAAAGACUGCACUGUUCUUUCCGGGCAAUCUGGAAAUCUCCUCCCCUCUACCCUUAUAAGGAGUUUACUCUUUGAAAAAAAUUUUUUUAAGGUGGAUAUGCCGAUGAACUAGUCGAUCGUUAUAAUGUUGUUGUGUGAUAGCACAAUAGCAAUUACAAAUAUUUUUGAAAAAGCCCUCCAGUGGCAGGCUGGGCAAAAGGAUGGCAAGAAGAGGCUGGCACAAAGAAAAUGGCACCAAUGUGGGCGGGACCUUUGAAAAUCCCACCCUCCCAACUGGACGGACAGACGCACUUGGGCUGUGUUCUUUCAAACAGGAGGAUGUCAUGUGGCGCUAAAAAAAACACAGCAUUCCAGUUUGGAAACUGAUGCCGAGCAAAAUGUCUCUGUGGGAGUAGCUAUAGUGUGCUUCCCCAGCUCAAAUAAGCUGUGGGUUCAGUGCAAUGUGCCAGGCAACAAUGCUGUUACUUGAGUGAUGUACAGUGCAAUCCUAAGGAGAGUUACUCUUAGGCUUAGACAGGAGUAACUCUUCUUAGGAUUGCACUGGUAAAAUCAGGUUUUCCUUCUGCUGUUCUUCUUAUGUCUCACAAAACAUACAGUUUUGUGCAGUUCUAGAUGGGUAUGGCAUUACAGAAGACAUGCAAAACUUUUUUUAAAGUCCAGGGACUUAUUUAACUCUUCUCACAAUGGUCCAUGACAAUAUUUCUAUGCACAAUUAUUUCUGAUGGGAUACUCACAAAGGCUGCAGAGAAGAGCUUGGCAGAGUGCCCUUGGGGCCUUUCUAGAUGGCCAUGCAAUGAAUGUUCAACCGCGACCACACAUGAAACAAACAAUUUCAGGGCCCCAAUCAAGUACUCUGUCCAGGAACCUGCUUUUCUCAUUGCUGUUCAAGGCCAAAGAAUACUAUAAAAGUUUUUUUAAAACUAGGAAAAUGUGAUUGUUCUCUUUAUUAGCACUUCACUGAACACUGGGUUACGUUAUGGAGCCUGGUUGCUUGAGUGUCCUUGACUUUUUCCUUCCCUGAUCAGUUGGUUUGAAAACAUCAAGAUCUCUAUUUCCUCAUCAACCAAGUGCUGAUAUCAUUCUACUGAGAGUGCACAUCACCUUAUUUUUUAAAAAAUACUUUGUCAUCUGGCUUUCUUGUUUCUUUGUCAUCUGGCUUUCUUGGCUCAAGGCAGAUUACAUGGUUAUUGCAAUGCAUACAUGACAAUACAAUAAAACUGAAUUACUCAAAGAAUGAGAAGUAGGGGACCUACAAGGACUUACUCGGGUUACUUCAUUUCUCUCCUCCUGGUAGCACCCUACUCUUCCCCUUUCCCUGCUUCCUUCCCUCCUUCCUACUCACACCAACCAACCUUUCCUUUAUCUGACAGAAACCAGGGUUUUAAGGCUUCCACAGUGGCCACUGAGAUCUCAAAGGGCAUUCAUUUCUUAAAGGUACAGGUGCUGCUUCUAUUAUGGGGCUUGGUGUAGCCUCCCCAGUGCACUUUAUUUAGACUUCAGAUUUGUCUGCAAACCCAAGGGGUCAUGUUGAAAAUUCCAUAUAUUGAUGAAACAGAAAAAGUAUAAUACAUUGCACAAACGAUCUCACAGUUACAGGACACUGAACUACAGACAGUGUAAUCUAUUCAUUAAGCAAUACAGUAUAAAGGAGGGGGGGGGGAAGCUGCCUAACAAUUUCACAAGCAAUAAAAUUAAACUCUCCUGUGUGAAGUGUGCAUGCGCUCUUAGGCCUGUCUGUGUGAUGACGUCACUUCCAGGACUUCCCUUAGUGCAUGUGCAAAGAAGAAAAACAAGGUGAGUGCGGAGUCUUCCCCCUCCUGCCAAGAGAGUGAGGGGGCCUGGUAACCCUACCAUUGCAGCACUGGCCCACCACUUUAUAUGUCUUUUCCUUUUAAAAAUAGUUCUGUUGUGCUUCCUCACACUCCAGUGCAAGAGUUCACCAGCCGAACAAAA